CCCUGCACAGCCUGUCCAAUGGGCUCUGCCCAACAGGCAGAGAGGUCCAGGAGACUCGGGCCCCUCUCUUUCCUGAGGCUGCUGCCAACGCUCCCUCCCUGCCCCUCAGGGCACUGGGGCUCUGUCACCUGGAACCCCACAGCUACACAGGGCAUGGCUCUGUGACUGAGACACCCCUGACACAGAGCUCUGAUCCCACAGAGCUGCCACAAUGAUGUGGAGAACUAUAGCUUCGUCAAGUCCCACAGUAGAGAAGGUCCUGCCAACAUUGCUUUGUGUGAUGGAGGAUUGGCCUCUGCACAGCAUGUUCACCUCUGAUGGGGACAACACUGGUGUCUUUGCCCUGGCUGCAACUCUGGUGCUCUGGGUGAUUAUCCAGGUGCCCAAGUGCCACGAGGCAAUGCACAUUUAUGCCUCCCACCUGCUUGUGGCUCUGAUAGUUCAGAUUUUUGACAGCACAGUGCAUAGUAAUGAGGAGGUUGACACCUUUUGGAUGCAAUGCCAGGAAGAACAUGACCUUCACACAAACGCCAGCAGGUGCUCCCUCCCAAUCCUUCUGUCCCUCCCAUGUCCCCAGGGCAGGAGCCAGAGAUCACAGUAUGACCUGGGCUUUGCUCUGCACACAGGUUUGCAGUGCAGACCAUGAAGGCCCUGUUCUGCCGACUGCGGUGUGACAGUGUGGUCAUGCAAAUGGGACGCAAGUGUGGCUGGGACACGCUGCUCCAUGCUGACACCCAGCACUAUGCCGUGGGUCUGCUGGCCAGGGAGAUGCACCGUGACUUGAUCCCCUUGUGUUCCCGCAUGGCAUGCCAUCUGCUUGGGCUGCUCAGCAAAUCUGGGCAUCGCUGCGAUCUGCAUUUCCUGGCAUUCCUUGUGGAGGUCCUGGAUUGCCUGGAUUUGAGUCAAUGCAGGGACAGUGUUCUGGAGAUAAUGUCAAGGUACCUGCAGAAUGAGUGCAGGGAGAGGCGUCGCCUGGCGCUCAGAGGCCUUGUGGUGCUCAUCAGGGAUCCCUCCACGGCAAGAAGAAUAGGAAUCCUGUCUCAACGGCUUGUGUAUGUGCUGGGUGAUGCAGAUGGAGAGGUGGUCAGGAUGUCCCUCUGUGUCUUCAGCAAUGUUCUUCAGCACAAGGAUAUCCUGAUAUCCAGCACCACCGCCCCAAAGCUGGCUGAGGCACUCCUGCUGCUUUUUGACCACGACAACAGCCAUGUGCAGGUGCUUUCCAUUCAACUUUUUCAAAAGAUGAUGUACUUGGUAGUAGAUGAGGGAAAAAAGCCCCUGAAGAGAACAGUGAGCCAGAGCCUGCUCCCGCUCUUUUUGCUCUGCCAUGAAGAGAACCAGCACGUGGCAAAGGCCUCUCGGGAAACAUUGCUUUGUGCAUCUGGGUUCCUUAAGAAGAGGGGUCUGAAGCAGUUGAUUAAGAAUGAGGAGCUGUCAAAGUUUGGCAAAUGCCUGGUAAGGACAGCCUGGAGAAGCUCCCUGUCCCCAGGGCUCAGUGUGUGGGGCUGGCAGCUGUGGCCCAGUGCUGUACCCAUGGGAGCCAGCCUGAGCCCUACACACCGCUCCCUUCCCUGGGCCACACGGGUUCCUCUUCAGGCUCCUGUGGCCCCGAGCCGGGUGCCGAUGGAGCCCCGAGCCACUGGGGUUGUGGGCUGGGCCGGCACCGCGGCUCCCCGGGCAGCAGCCGGCCCUCUGCCCCCUCCAGAGCCCGGCGCCAGCGGCUGCUGCCCGGUGCCUCAGGGCUGGGCGGGCACGGGAGGCCGGGGCUGGCCUCAGGCAGUGCCCGGCCGAGGGGCAGAUCAGCAGUUUUAUAGUUAA